CACCGCACACACACUUCGUCCGCCCCCCCACUCGUGGCUGCCGGUGUUCGCAUGGAAGUGCCCGGGAGCUCCGCACUCGAGGCGCGCGGCCGGUGGAGAUGCGCAUUCGGAGCUGAACCUUCUCCACUUCUUCUUGUCGUUCUUCUCCAUCCUCCUCUUCCCUGGCCAACAUGCCGGACUUGAGCCACUGUCGCCUGCUGCUCCUCCUGCUGCCGCUGGGUUCCGUUUACGCACCGCCGGCGUCCUCGCCGCCGUUCUCCUGCCCGACGGGCUGCGAGUGCUCCGAGGCGGCGCACACGGUGAAGUGCGUGGCCAAGGACCUCCGCAGCGUCCCGCUCGGGAUCCCCGGAUACGCCCGGAACCUCUUCAUCACCGGCAACCGGAUCGUGCGCGUCGGCCCGGAGUCCUUCAAAGGCCUGGAAAACGUCACCAACCUCUCCCUCAGCAACAACAGGAUUUCCGAGGUGAAUUCUCACGCCUUCGCCGGCCUGCCGAGUCUGCGUUCCCUGGACCUGAGCUCCAACCAGCUGGCGGUGGUCCACCCGGAGGCCUUCACGGUGGCCAACCAAUCCCUGCGCGAGCUCAACCUGAGCCGCGCCCUCUACAACGACUCGGCCGUGCGGGACUUGGCCACGGCGCUGCGCUGGAGCGGUCUGACGUCGCUGCGCGGCCUGGACCUGUCGCACAACGGCCUCAUCUACCUGCCGCCACGUAUCUUCUCCCACCUGGGCGCGCUUCGGCGCCUGCUGCUGGCCAACAACUCCCUGGUGGCCGUGCACAACGCCACCCUGGCCGGUUUGGAGGAUCUCCGGGAGCUGGAUUUGACGCUCAACUCGCUGAAGAACGUGCCUGAGGAGGGCCUGCGCGAGCUGGACUCGCUCCCCGAGGCCAAGAUCCUCCUGGGGGAGAACCCGUUCACGUGCGCGUGCGGUAUCGAACCUUUCGUCCGCUGGCUCAACCGUUCCCGGGGACGCGUCCGGGACCCGGAGCGGCUGGUUUGCGCCUUCCCCGCCGCCCUGAGGAACUCCUCCCUGCUCUCGGCGGUGGGCGCCUCCGGCAGCCUGGGGUGCCGCCGGAGGGGCGCUGGCGCCGAACUGGCCCUGCAGACCUCCUACGUGUUCCUGGGCUUGGUGCUGGGCCUGGUGGGCUUGGUCUUCCUCUUGGUGCUCUACCUGAACCGCAAGGGCAUCAAGAGGCGCGUGUACGACAUGCGCGACGCCUGCAGGGACGUGUGGGAGGGAUACCACUACCGCUUCGAGAUCGACUCGGACCCUCGCCUGUCCCAGGUGUCCUCGGGCGCCGACAUGUGAGACCCCAACAAUCCUAGUGGAACUUGUAGAAAAUGUACA